CUCCUGUCCUCCGGAGCGUCACGUGAACACAUCUUGGUUCCUAAUGACGUCUGCAGCGGAUCACAGCUGGAUCAGCUGUCAGUCAACUUUAACAGCUGUUUGUGUCUGCAGAUACAUUCAUCAGCCUCAGUGGGACUGAAGGAAAAUGAUGUAAAAGUGACAGACAGGCUCAUACUAUCUCUCUAUUUAUUUAUUUUUUACUUGAAUAGUACCAUGAUAAAUCGGAAUGGUGAAUAUAUCAGAUCAUGAAAGGGAAAAAAAACUUAUAGAACGAUUUUUCUUUUCACUUAUUAAUGUAGAAAUAUGUUUGUGGUCGUUUUGUUGUUCUGACCAAUAAAACAUAUUUUUAACUGCAUUGCAAAUCAGCAGACAAAUCAAAUAUCAGACUUGUGAGUGACACACUGGAGUUUAAUCUGUAAUCUGUCUUCAGUCCGGUGUGUUCAGAUCGAGGAGACAUAAAAUAAGAGAAGUCAGACGUAACCAUAAUUAUCCCUCCCUUCUUUUGAAGCGAACCAAUCCAAUCCUGUUUCACCUCUGAGGUUGUACAAGCAACUCUUUAAAAGCGCUCCACAACACAAUCCCAUCUAACAUUACAUUACCACACAGGGAGGAUUGGAUUAACACCACCACUAACAUGCAGCUGCAGAUGUGAACUCUGCCGCUUUUAAACUUUUGUAAAAAACGAUCUUAUCGGGUUUUUUUAAAUAUUGCGCACGGAGAGACCGAUACGUACAGGAAACAUGGCAAUCCUGAAUCAUUUUACCACAGCAUGCUGGAGGAACUUUCAAGGCGACCGGCUAAAUAAGCAGCUGUUCUUCAUUUUACGCGCUUUACACAAGUCAGCAGCCAGCGAGGCUGGAGGGGAGGCCAUGUCUGAGGGGCUGAUCACACCGGCAGACGUAGCCGCUAAAACCACAAUCAGGACUCUGAAGGAGAUGCCUGGACCCAGCACCCUUUCAAACUUGAUCGAGUUCUUCUGGAGAGAUGGGUUCAGCAGAAUUCAUGAAAUUCAGAUGGAGCACAGAAGGAAGUAUGGCAAAAUUUUCAAAUCCCGUUUUGGGCCCCAGCUGGUGGUGUCGGUGGCGGACCGUGGCCUGGUGGCGGAUGUGCUGAGGGCCGAGGGCGUGGCCCCUCAGAGAGCCAACAUGGAGUCCUGGAAGGAGUACAGAGACAUGAGGGGCCGCGCCACCGGGCUCAUCUCAGCUGAGGGAGAGGACUGGCUGAAGAUGCGGAGCGUGCUCCGGCAGCUCAUCAUGCGUCCCCGUGAUGUGGCGGUCUUCUCUGAUGAUGUCAACCAAGUGGUCGAUGACCUCAUCAAGAGAAUUCACAUCCUGCGCAGCCAGGAGUCUGACGGAGCAACUGUCCUCAACAUGAAUGACCUCUUCUUCAAAUACGCCAUGGAAGGUGUGGCAGCCAUUUUAUACGAGUCCCGACUAGGCUGUUUGGAAAACGAGAUUCCCCAGGAAACCCAAGAGUACAUCAGUGCUCUGCACCUCAUGUUCAGCUCCUUCAAGACCACCAUGUACGCCGGGGCCAUCCCCAAGUGGCUCCGACCCGUCAUCCCCAAACCCUGGGAGGAGUUCUGCCUCUCCUGGGACGGCCUCUUCAAAUUCAGCUGUAUUCACGUUGAUAAGAGGCUCUCAGAGAUCAAGUCCCAGCUGGAGCGGGGCGAGGAGGUGAAGGGGGGGCUGCUCACACACAUGCUCAUUACCAAGGAGAUGAGCAUGGAGGAGAUCUACGCCAACCUAACAGAGAUGCUGCUGGCCGGGGUCGACACGACAUCCUUCACUCUCUCAUGGGCCAGCUACCUGUUAGCACGCCAUCCUCACAUACAGCAGCAAAUCUUUACUGAGGUGACAGAGACUCUGGGACCCGGAGCAGUCGCCACAGCAGAAGAUGUCCCCCGCCUGCCUCUCAUCAGAGGGCUGGUCAAAGAGACACUCAGGCUUUUUCCAGUUCUCCCUGGCAACGGACGGAUUACCCAGGAUGACUUGGUGGUGGGCGAAUACUUCAUCCCCAAAGGGACUCAGUUGGCUCUUUGUCACUACUCCACAUCUUUUGAUGAAGAGAACUUCGCUAACGCUUUAGACUUCCGACCGGAUCGCUGGAUACGGAAAGAUUCCACAGAUCGUGUCGACAACUUUGGCUCGAUUCCCUUUGGCUACGGCAUCAGGAGCUGCAUCGGCAAGAGAAUAGCAGAGUUAGAGAUGCAUCUAGCCCUCACCAGGCUCAUUCAAAGCUUCCACAUCGGCAUGUCUCCUCUCACCGCUGACGUCAAGGCCAAGACCCACGGCCUGCUCUGCCCCGCCGAGCCCAUCCACCUGCAGUUCAUCGACAGGGAAAACUAGACCCGGACUCCUCUUCUUCCUCUUUUAGUUUUUAAGAUUUUAAUUUGAUGUAAAUUCACACUAAUGUAUUGAUGUGACCAAUAAAUUCAUGAUUCCAGUAACUGAAAAUAUUGUGCAACCAAGCAUUGUUUGAAUCUGUAAAACAUGUGUCUCCGAUUUAAAUAAAUUACUAAUUUCUUAUUA